UCAGCGUCCCCAGUAAGCGGUAUUGUAUAUCGCUCGGUGCAGGGCCUCGGUCGUGCUCCUGAUGUUCCCCACGCCGUCAACGUGUCAUUCGUGACAGAGGGCAGCGGCGUGGGGGUUUUAACAGAGCCCCCUGUCAGUGCUAAAAGCCUGUUUAUUAAGGAAAACAACCGCAAUGCACAGGUUGACAACAGAAGCAUUUUAGCAGAAGCUCACAUGUCUACCAAUCUGAGCUUUACUGUGCAUUUGUCUGGAGGUCAUAAGGUCACCUGGGAGACCAUACUGACUCGCGGAAACCUGUACGUGGAAGUUCCCAACGGAAUUCUCCCGGAAGGCUCGAAGGAAAGCUUGAUCACACUUUUGGAGUAUGCAGAGGAGAAGCUUUGCUGUGACCAUGUAAUCCUCUGUUUCUGCAAGAGCAGGAAUGAUCGAGCCUCCUUGAUCCGAACUUUCAUGUUCAUGGGUUUCGCGGUGGCCUGCCCUGGUGACCCCAUCGUUCCCAUGGUACCCGAGGUCAUGUACAUGGUGUACAAGAUUGACCUUGACGACGAUGAUGACUAGCUUUUCCUUAACGAACAUGGCUUUUAGUAUUAUGGGCCACUUUCUCUUGAUAAUGAUUUCUUUUCUUUAUUUUGAUUACAAAAACUUUUUUUUUAAAUAGUUGGUAGAUCUUUUUUUGAUCACUAUUGAUUUCUUUUCAAUUAUUUUAGGGGGAAAACAUUGAUA